GCCCGGCCCGGGCUGUCGAGGGGGAAAAGGGGGCAUUUAGACGCUCUCUUUCGUAAAGGCUAUGUCGCCGCAACAGGACAGUGUCGGGCAGAGCCGCUCCGCCUCCCUGACCGGGGAGCCCCGACCCCCCGCCCGCGGGGACACACCGGGAGAGAAGAAAAUGAAGAGUCUGGCGCAGAGACGUCAGUCAGCACCUUCUUUGGUGAUUACCAAAGCAUUCAACAAGUCCAGAACACUAUCCAGAGAAAGCUGCCUGUCUCCUGUCAGCCCUGAGCUUUGCUCCCUCGUUCAGUCAAUCAUAGGACCAAACAGAGCCUUUGUCAUGGAAGGACACGCGCAGCUCAAGACCGGGCUGCAAACCCAAGAGCGACAUCUCUUCCUCUUCAAUGACAUCUUCGUCAUCGCCAAAUCAAAAUCUGCAUCUCAUUUCAAGCUGAAGAACCGUGCACAGAUCUGUGAGAUGUGGACAGCGUCCUGUUUGGAGGAAGUCUGUGAGGGAAGCACAAGCCCGGAUAGGUCCUUUGUUAUGGGCUGGCCCACAACAAACUGCGUGGCUACUUUCAGUACGACAGAACAGAAAGAAAAAUGGCUUUCAUUCCUGCAAAGAUUCAUUAAACAAGAGAAAGAAAAGCAGCAAUUCAAAAGCACUCCGUUAAAGAUCAUUACCAGAAAUGUUGGAAGUUGUGCACAUUCAAAAGUUCUAACUGUGAACAACACAGACACUGCGAAUGAUGUUGUUGCCAUGGCACUUCAGCAGUUUGCAAUCACAGGCAGCACUAAAGAUUAUCAGCUUUGGGUCAACUCUGGCAAAGAGGAUGCCCCCUACCCUCUGAUUGGCCAUGAAUAUCCGUUUAGCAUUAAAAUGAGUCAUGUUCGAGAAGCAGCUGCCCAGACACAAGGAUGCAAAGACUCCAUCUUCCCUCUGGAUCUCCAAGGGUCCUUCAUCAUUGAGCAGUUGCCCAUGGAUAUGCAGUGCCAGUUCACACUGAAGCCAACAUACUUGGCAUCGAGCCAACAGAUUACUGAGCCGAGUCAAAAGCAAUUUAAAAGGAAAAGGUCGAUUAUGAGCUGGGCCUUCUGGCGUGGUUCCACUGCUCAGUUAGACAGCAUGCCUCUGUCUCCCACCUCCCUAACACCGGGGAGGCUCUUUGGCCUGCCACUGCUAGCCAUCUGUGACGAUGACAAUCUCCCGAAGCCAAUAAUGGACAUGCUUUCCUUUCUGUUUCAUGAAGGUCCGUUCACCAGGGGUAUUUUCAGACGUUCGGCUAAUGCUAAAGCCUGCAAAGAACUGAAGGAGAAGCUGAAUUCUGGCACAGGAGUGCACUUAGCCAGUGAAUCCGUGUUUGUCACCGCUGCUGUUUUUAAAGACUUCCUUCGGAAUAUUCCUGGCAGUAUUUUCUCUGCAGAGCUGUACAACAGCUGGAUGACAGCGAUGGAAAGGGGAAGUCACAAGGAGAAGAUAAAGGAGAUCCAAAGGCUGCUGGAAUUACUUCCAAGAGUCAACAAUUUGCUCCUACAUCAUGUUUUUGGAGUUCUUCACAGCAUCGAGCAGCAGGCUGAGGAGAACCAGAUGAAUGCAUUUAACCUGGCUGUCUGCAUCGCGCCCAGUAUCUUAUGGCCUCCCACACCAUGCAGCCCAGAGAUUGAGAGCGAGUCAACGAAGAAGGUUGCUGUCUUUGUGCAGUUUCUAAUUGAAAACUGCCGCAGGAUCUUUGGAAAUGACUUCACUUGCCUCAUUGGGGACUUACCAACCAGAAAGUGUGAAAGCACAGAAGAUGGCUCAGACGUGUCUUCAUUUCAAAUGCACGACUCGUCUUAUGACAGCCUGGAAAACGAACUGAACGAUGACACAGAUUCUCCUCUGUCCGACCUGAUCACCAAGAGGAGCCAGGAAAACAGGAGCAGGGACUCGGUGCUGACCUGGAGUGACUGCGACCUGGACCAGCCUGAGGACGAAGGGGUUCAGAAGAAGGUCCCGUUAAUAACCACAGCCUGGGAAAUUCCCUCAGGGGGGCAGCAUAAACCUCCGAGCUGUGAGCUCUCCGACAGCGAACCUUUGAGCUCCAACACUUCGGGCUACUCGACAUCGGAGUGGCUGACAGUACCUAGAAGGCACAGACGCUCCUCAGAGCCCAGUAUAGCACCACCUGCUGCUCUCGCUCAGCUUGGCCAGAAUCACGAGUCCGUGAUCCGAAAGACCAGCUGCGAUGCUGUUAUGACCCGCUCUGACGACAGCUACAUCACUCAACUGCGCAUGUUGCAAAUCGAGGGACAAAAGUUGAUAAAUCGCAGUCUGAACAUGGGCAUAGAUCUGGAUAAGACCAGCAAUAACAGUCACAAAAGGACACAAAAGGGAUCACAGAGCAGAAGCCGACUUCAACCACCGCCACCCCUCAAACUCAAUAUCCCCUCAACAGCAAGUUGCUCAAGUUUGUCCUCUCCUGGUUCCUCACCCUCGGGCUCUUCAAUGAGUUCACUGGACAGUGCUUUUUCUCACAACUCCGAAUGCUCUGUUUUUACCCCAAGUGAAACCUUUGCUCCAUCCUGCUCUGUGAUCCAGGCUCAGAAAAGCCAGCCAUCUACACCCACCACUUCCAGUCUCUUUAAGCAUUUCUCCGGCCUCCUGUCUCCCGGGCCAGCCUCUGGCGCUACUUCGUUAGAGAAACACAAGAAAACCUGCGGUGCAAAGGAGGAGAGCUCCAAAUGCAUCGCGGAGAGGAACCCCGUCACCCUUCACCCAAACAGUUGGCUGAAGAAAAGUGGGACCUGGACCCUCAGGAGGAAGGAGAAAGGAAGUAAGCAGGAAGAUAAACGUGGAACCUCUCUGAAGGCUUCCACUGCUGAUUCGCAGGUGGAGCUGUCUGUUGCGUCACCUGGAAGUGGGUCGUGUCAUACAUUCUUUGAAGAACAGAAAGACGUGGCCAGUAGCAACCCGAUGGCACGAGGUACAGUUCAGAGCGCAAACAGGAGUCCCCCCAGUAGACCACCUUCAUACCAGGAGGCAAUUCGGUCACCACUACUCAAUACAGUAUCAAAGGAGAAGGCUUCGACUGUCCCUUCUCGUCAGUGGGAUCACAUUGAUUCACCGCAUUCGCAGCAACACCUGGGAGUCUCCAAACCUUGCAGAUCUCCCACUCACAGCACAGGCAGUGAGAUGCCUCCACCACAGACUAUACUCGAUCAGAUUCCUCAGACCGUCUUCUAUGGACAGAACUCAUCGUUAUGUCUUCAGGCGGUUUCACGACCGCAGUCUCGUUCAUUCACCUUGGGCGAGGGGUUUGUCCGGAGAGCAGGGGUUCGGCGUUGCUCUGAGUCAGUCAGUGCUGUGCAGAGGGGUUUUCAGAGUGAAAGUCAGGAGAACAUUUGUGAGCCUGCAGCUGCUACGAGCCCACAUGAAAGGUCUAUCAAAAUCUAUCAAGAGAAGCAGCUAUCACCUGCGAGCGAUCGCAGGAAUGGGCCGCACAUGACUAACCAGGAGCUGAAGAGCAGGUGCCCUGUCACUCUUUCCUCCAACGCGGCCAGAGCAGUGAAGGAAUAUUUCCUUCAGACUGAUGUUGAAAACUGCUUGUUGAAAACGCAGGAAGUGACUGAAGCUGUGAUCCACAGCAAGAAGGAAUGGCAGAAGAAGCAUUGCAAUAAUCGGAAAUUUGAAGACUUUGAACAAGUGUUUUUCUCUGAAGAAUCUUAUGUGUAAAAAAAACAAUCUGUGAAACAGCCUCACGUAUUAUUUCAGAUAGUUGAACUCUGGUUCAGUUCAAGCCAUCUUGUAAGAUAACAUUAUUAAGACAUAGUUAUUAACGCCCAGUCUAAGUAGCUGUAAAAGGUGCGUAUACAUUUUUGACAUAUUGUCAAAUUUGAUUUUUAUCAAAUAUGCUUUAUGAAGAGAUUGUGUUGUUUUUGUACUUGCAGGUCUUGUAUAAUGUAAACUCUUGUAAUCUGCUUGUCUGUGGUUUUUUUUUAAGAAAAUGUAUUUACAUCAGUUUUGGUUAAGAAAGAAUAAGUGAUUUAAAAAUAUUUGUGUGUUAAAAAUAAAGGCUGCUAAAGGGAUAUGCAAAGAAAUGUAUUGGUACCUUCUGUUCUGAUAUUAUUAAUGUACCCAAGCAGCAAAGGGAAUGAUAUUGUAGCAGACAGAUGUAAAUACUUUGUCAUUGUGGGCCAUUGAUACCCAUCAACCUGACCCUGUCUAAUAGCAUCCAUAAUUUUGGGUAUGUUUGAAUGAAUGAGAAGCCUAGAGCUUAUCUGAUGCCUCAGUGUGGAGUAAGGCACUGCCUGGUGUAAGACUAGACCACAUACACCAGAAGAUCCCAGGUUCAAAUCCUGGUCUGAGUUAGUUGAUCUGAGCCGAUAGGAGAGCUACAGUUGCCGUCUGUAGAGUAAUAAAUCAGCAGGUUUUGUGCUCCUUAUCGCUAUUCAGUGUCUCUUGGUGGAAAGUCCAUAUGUGUGGAUGUGGAGUGAGAACAGCAUCAGGCUCAGCUAAUAAUAAUAAUAAUA